GGGGGCGGAGGCGGCAGGAAGCCCGAGCUGCGGUUGGCCGCCGCGGUAUGGACACGCUGAGGGUGGAGCCGGAGGAAGAGGAGGAAGAGGAGGACGAGGACGAGGAAGAAGAGGACGAGGAGGAAGACACCAUGGACCCUCCGCUCUUGGGGGCGGCAGGAGGCUCCCAGAGUGCCACGGAGCCCGAGGAGGCCGCCCGCCUCACUCCGUCAGUUCAUGGCCAAGUUGUGCCGGCAGGAAGUGCUUCCUACAGAGUCAUAGUGCACGUGGAUCUGGAUUGCUUUUAUGCACAAGUAGAAAUGAUCUCUCAUCCAGAAUUAAAAGGCAAACCUUUAGGUGUUCAGCAAAAAUAUUUGGUUGUCACCUGUAACUAUGAGGCCAGGAAACUUGGAGUUAAAAAACUGAUGUCUGUGAGAGAUGCAAAAGAAAAGUGUCCACAGCUGGUGCUCGUUAAUGGAGAAGACCUGACACGCUAUAGAGAAAUGUCAUAUAAGGUUACAGAGUUAUUGGAGGAAUUCAGUCCAGUUGUUGAAAGAUUGGGAUUUGAUGAAAAUUUUGUGGAUAUAACCCAGACAGUUGAGAAGAGACUGCAUCAGCUACAAAGUGAUGACUAUUCUGUAGUGGCUGUCUCUGGUCAUGUUUACAAUAAUCAGUCUGUAAAUCUAAAUGACAUUUUGCAUGUGAGAUUACUCAUUGGAUCUCAGAUUGCGGCAGAGAUGAGAGAAGCCAUUUUUAAUCAGCUGGGUCUCACAGGCUGCGCUGGAGUGGCUUCUAAUAAACUGCUGUCCAAAUUGGUUUCUGGUACCUUUAAACCAAAUCAACAAACAGUUUUAAUGCCUGAAAGUUGUCAAGAUCUCAUUCGUAGUUUGGACCACAUAAAGCAAAUGCCUGGUAUUGGCUACAAAACUACCAAACGCCUUGAAUCAUUGGGUAUCAAUAGUGUCCAUGAUCUCCAGACCUUUUCACCUGAGAUACUAGAGAAAGAACUAGGAAUUUCAGUUGCUCAGCGUAUACAGAAGCUCAGCUUUGGAGAAGAUAACUCCCCUGUGACUCCCUCAGGACCACCUCAGUCCUUUAGUGAAGAAGAUUCCUUUAAAAAGUGCUCAUCAGAAGUGGAAGCUAAAAAAAAAAUUGAAGAACUACUUGCUAGUCUUUUGAACAGAGUAUGCAAAGAUGGAAGGAAGCCACAUACAAUAAGAUUAAUCAUCCGUCGGUUUUCAUCUGACCGACAUUUUAACCGUGAGAGUCGUCAGUGUCCUAUCCCAUCUCAUGUAAUUCAGAAGUUAGGGACAGACUAUAAUAUUUACAAAUCCUCUGGCCCUACAGAUGAAGACAGAGGUUCAGGGCUUUUUUGCCUUAAGAUCUGCAACACUGAUCUACAGAGCUGACAAGAUUAUCUUCAAACUGAAAAUGCCAACCUCUGGGCACAGAUGAUGAUACACUAGAACAUUCACUAUAGCCUAAUGCCAGCUUGAUAAGCUCUCUAGAAAACAAAAUGCAUAGUCUGAAAUGAGUAACUCUCCAAGUAUCUGGUGUAGAAUGUUCUGUUUUCUAAACCUUGGCCCUACAACUUUACUACCAAGUGAAGACUAGAUUUGUGAUCUAAUAUAGAAGAGAGACAGACCCUGGACUGGAAGAGUUCAAGAAAUUCAUCUCAGAGGAUAAACUUUGUUGAAGUAGCAAAUAGAUCUGGAAGCUUUGACAAGGACACAGCUCAGUGGUUGAAUACUUCUGCUCUUUCUGGGGUCUAUUUUGGAAUAAGGCCCAUACAAGUGGGCUUCCAAUAGUUAUCAGACACCUUACCCCUCACCCCAGACCUCUGUGGGCCGGUGACUAGGUCUGAUUGUCAUUUCAGAAUCUCCAUGCCAGUAACAUUCCUAGGAAGUAGACAACAGAAACAUUAGGCUCUUGCUGGUAAUGCCAAGUGACUUUCCAGUUAAAGUCCAUGAAGUUGUCACCAAUUUGGUAGGCUCAUAAUUAUUCUGACAUCUACCUCCUGACCCUGUGUAUUCAUAUACACCUGUGACUGCCUCCAGUGAUGACAGGUGUAUAUGAAUUCACACAAAAAAAGAGUAGACUCCUAGCUUCAAGGUGUGGCAAGUGCAGUGCUUCAUAGACCAGGAAGACUAUAGGCUACAUAAACAUUCAUUGGAAGUUAUUAGGAACUUUCAGAUUCUAGACAUGGUAAUGUUUCUAUCCCAUAAACCCUGACCCUGAGGUUCAAUGAGGAGUCCUGGGAGGAAUGUCAUUCAAGCUGCACCACCAGCCUAACUACAGAGCACCUAAAGAAAUCUGAAUAUGUGUAGGUAGUGCUCACACAUAAGUACAGGGCACGAUUCCAUAAGCAAACAUCACAGAUCAGUCAUGCCAAUGUCAUAUUUCCCUUUCCCAUGUUACUGACCUCUUUUUGCUUGAAUCUGAUAGUUUUUUCUAGAGAUAACUCCUAAAAGAAUCUCGCUGAAAAUCUCAUCUGGCUCCCCAUCCUUACCUGGAUAGAUUCCUAUAACCUGAUUUCAACCUAGACUUUGCCCAACAUGAAAUGGCAACUUCACCUGUCAUCUGUGACUGCAGGGUAACCCAUGGUUCUGAUCCUGCUAAACUUCAAUGAUUAAAGAUAUCUCUGUAGAGAAUUGGAAAACUUUUAGGUUUUACAAAGUCAAGGCUUGGAAUAAUUUUUCAGGGUUAAUCACUUGUGAGCAGCCCCAAUCUGCUUUAGACCUUUUUUCCUGGCUUCUUUUGGCUUCUAAGAAGCCACAAAAUUAUUAGACACUAUUUCCUUAAGAGACUUAUUAUAACCUAAAUAUUUGAAUUCCUAGUCUUUAGAUGUUUACCCCUUCCUGCUUACUAGAAAUUCUACCACUAAUUCAAGCAAAGGUAUAUUUGUUACCUUGCUAUGAAGUUUGGGAUAAAUUUUAAAUGAUUAAAAGAGCAAUAAACAGUUCUAUAAACAAUACAGGAGACACUGUGCAUUAAAGAACACAGAUCUUUGAAUGUUUUCAUCUUCAGCUAUGACAGCCCAUAUUCUCUUCCCAGGGGAUGAUCCUUUGUUUAACUGAGGCCUUUGGAGAUCAGAACCAAUUAUAAUGUUUGUUUGGGGAGGAGUGGGGGAGCGGGAUGGAGGAAGGAGAAGCAAUGAUGCAUAAAUGCAAUGCUGAUUUUAUGUAUUUUAUUUUUUGUUAGGAUAGGUAAAAGAGAGGGGCAUGAGUUUGGUAAAGGGGAGCUCCUUGAUUAAAAAAAAAAAUCUCCAUGACUACACACAUACAUUGAAUUAAUUGGAGAUUAAUUUGUUGAAGAAGCUUUUUUUUAAGCGCAAAACUCUCCUGGGAGUAUAAAGUUUAUUGGUCAUAUCUUUGAUAACUGGAUCAAUGUAUAGCUGAGAUCAGCAAAAUUCAUGAAAUAAGCAUUUUGAUUGGAAGAAAAAGGAAGAAGGGGUUAAUGUGGAGAGGUAAGGCAAAUCUAUGUGGAUUAGGGAGUUUGGAGCAGCCAGACUGGGGUCGGAAAAUAGCAAAAGAGGGAAGGGAGAUUCAAAAUUGG